CUGGUGACACUACAAAGAAUUGUAUAUCGAUAAAUUCAGCUGCAAAUUUCAAUUAUAGUUUCUUUUUUGUAAUUUAUUGAGUAGGCAAGGAAAUACAUAAGCUGUGGUGCGGCCCCAAAAGAUGGCCAAGAUGAAGAACAAGGCACCGGAGGAGGUGCAGAUAACGGCGGUCCAGCUGCUCUGUGAGGCCAAGGAACGCGACUUGGAGAUCCUGCCGCCGCCGCCAAAGCAAAAGACCUCCCCACCUGCCCGAACCGCGGAGCUAUUUCAGGCCUACAGCACACACGAGAAGUACGGCGAUGGGGCUGGCGUCAAGGACGUGAUCGUUUCCGAGCGCAAGUACCAGUACGAGCAGGAGGUGGCCGAAAAUCGACUACCUGCACCUCAUCGAAGCGGAGGGCCAGCGCGACCAGAUCCUCGAGACGUACGAGCGGACCAUUUUGAAUGUGCCGCCGUCGAACGAGAAGAACUUCUGGCGGCGCUUCAUCUGGAGCUGGAGGCUGAAGAAGCGGAGCACACGCGCCAGAUAUAUAAAACCUGCCUGGAGCAGAUACCGCACAAGCAGUUCACAUUCAGCAAGCUGUGGCUGCUCUACGCCUAGUUUGA